AUGAUUGCAAUCAUCCUAGACACUUGUAUCAUAUACUCCGCCGGCUCUACAGCAUUCACCUCAUUCAGGCAUAAGCACACUGGUUACAUGCCAUGGAACACAACCAAUUCACCUGAGACAUGUGCAUUGCGUUGCCUUGACUAUGGAACCACAACCUCUGGCUUACAAUUCAAACCGGCCAAGCUCCCCGCUGCUGUGGACAUUGGCAAUGGCGAAUUUGUGCAGUGGUCCUUCGUCAAGAAGGAGCUCUUAUGGCUUAUUCGCUCUGCUGCACCCAUCGCUAUCUCGUCAACUGCGCAGCCGCUGAUAAUGAUUCCUAUGCUUUCCGCUGUCAGUAGAUUUGGAAACACUGCACUGAUGAGCAUGAACCUCGCAAAACUAUACUCUAAUAUAUGCGGAGUCGCACCUACAGCUGGCAUUUCGAUGGCUCUCGACACGUACUGCAGCCAGGGUUUCACAUCAGCAAGGGACAAGCGAAUUCUCGGCGUUCUGCUACAGCGCGCUAUGCUCAUGGGGCUUGCUACCAUGGCGAUUUUUUGCCCUUUGUGGUGGAACUCUAUGUGCGUGUUCAAGGUGCUUGGUGUCCCUGAAGAUGUUGCUGAAAUGGCUGGUCGGCUUGUGCAUGUCUGCUUUUUUGGAAAUGUCUUGCUGAUGGCCUACGAGUUCCUGUGCAGCUUUUUGUUUGCACAAGGUAUCCGCAGAUUCGUUCUUGUCGCGCAACCUGCUGGGGUUGCAGUCGCUUGGGCUGCCAUAUGGCUGCUUCUUUCAGACCAGUCAACGUCGGCUGGAGUCCUGGGCACUGCAUUCGUCAAUGUUUGCACCAUGGUCACACGCUGCACCACCACGGUCAUCUUCAUAGCUGUAGUUGAUGGAUAUCAGUGCUGGGGCAGCUGGACACCUACCGCACUGCAUGGCUGGAAGUCGAUGGCCAAGCUUAGUGUUGCUGGGUUCAUUGCUAGGCUCUUGGGGAUGGCUUCAAUGCACAUCAUUGACCUUGGAUCGGUGCUGCUGGGCACACAAGCAAUGGCUGCACAGACAGUGCUCACGGCACUGCUAGCAAUACCAUCUGCACUAGGGUAUGCGCUUGCUAUCGCUGCAUGCAACCGUGUCGGCAACCAUCUGGGGUUGGCUCUUUCCAACCAUGUCCGUCUCACGGCUCUGGCAACAGCAGUACUGUCAGCACUCGUAUUUGGGAUGCUUGCUCUCGGAUUCUUCCUCUGCAGAUAUGCACUACCACAUGGGUUUACUGACAACAGCGAGGUCAUCGACAUCGUGGCCGUGCAUACUCCAUGGGUGGCCAUCGCUGGAGCUAUGCAGGGCGUCAAUAUUACGCUGAACGGCAUAUUGCGUGGACAAGGCAAGCAGGGCAUUAUUGCUCGCGUCCGUUUGUUCUCGUUUGCCCUGGUUGGAAUACCUGCUGGCUUGGUUGCUAUGUGGGUAUUCCAUUGGGAGCUCGCGGGUCUUUGGUUCGGCCACAGUGCCAGUCUGGCAACAGCGCUGUCGUUUCAGACCUACCUCCUCUGCACCACAGACUGGGACAAAGAGGUUGCCAAAUGCCAGAGCCGCGUCGCGGCAAUGGCCAGCACAGUAUACACGGCGGACAGGGCUAUCGCUGGCAACGAAUGCAGCAGACAUCUUCCAUGA